AUGGCGCUCCCACAGCCACUCGAGCCAGACGACCUGCGCGAGCCGGUCAUUGUCUCCACCAACCGCGCCGACGACGUCGGACCAUACAUGAACAACCUCUUCGCCGAGGACCCAAAGAAGUGGAUGAACGUCAUGCCAUGGGAGUUCCCUCAAAACGACGGCAAAGAGGCCGAAGAGCAAUUCCUCCGCACGUUCUUCACCGACCGCGAGAUCCGCAAGCAAGGCGGCGCCGCUCCACCUGGCAAUGGCUACCGCUUCCUCAAGCAAGUCUGGAUGAGCUGCGCGUUGUGGAAUGUCAACUAUCGCAUCCCCGCCAUCGUCGACAAGUGGCUCUGGCAGAACCAGGACUUGGUCAAGGACCCUUCCAUGACGCAGCACUUCUUCAGCGAGGAUGUGCAGCCGAGUACCUUCUUUGCUCCUGAUGAGCUCGAGGAGUAUGGUCCCAAGCUUCUUCAUUGGGCUGUCAAGGGCAUUCAGGGAUACAUGCGCAUUGAGCAGGCCAAGCAGACCGACCAGGCCAAUCAGGCAGAUCAGUCCAACCAGCAAGAUCAAGCUCCAGUCCAGGCCGCCGCUGAAGGUGCUGCUGUUGCAACCAGCGCACGACCAUCUGAGCAAGAGCCCAUCAAGAAGACCGAAGAGCCACCUGUGAAGCAUCAUGACCCUUCAUCGGCGUUCUUCAAGAAGCCUCGCAACCCCAACAAGCCAACCUUUUCGCAGCUGCGGAAAGAAGCCGAUGACGCUGCGAGACAAGCCAGAGCUACGAAGGCAGCAAACUACGACACGGCUACAGCUACAGCCAGCAAGAAGACAGCAACAGCUCCUGCAGGCAAAGACACGACUGCGGCUCCAGCGGCUGAAGCCACAACUACGGCGCCCGCAGGCGAAGCCACAGCUACGGCGCCAGUAGGUGAAGCAGCGGCUACUGCUCCGACCGGCGAAGAUGUGGCGACGACUUCAGCAGGCAAAGACAUGACUACGGCUCCAGAAGGCGAAGGAACGACUGCGACUGCAACGGUCACGGAUGAAGACACCACUACGACUGCGACUCCAGCCGUCGGAGUCAUCCCACUAGCUCCAGCUUCGGCCGAGACUGGACCUCCUGCUGUCAUUCCAGCUGCCACUGGCCAUGCACAAGGCUCGCAGACUCGCAACUUCAGCAGUGGCUCGCAUCACCUGGUGGAAGAGCGCCAACAGUCAUUCCGUAGAGGCCGUGGCAACCAGGGCAACAAGCGCAACAGCUUCAACGGAUCACGCCCUCCCCCACGCCCACAGCCUGCUUAUGGUGAUCCUCGCCAUGCGUCGAACCCAUACUCGCCAUACGGUGGCCCUCCUGCGCAGAUGAGCCCAAUGCCGCCAGGAUCUGCUCCAGUCAUGCACCGUAUGCCAUCCGGUGGAGCAUUCCCAAGCCCAGUCGGACCAAUGCCCACUCUACCUAAGGGCCAGCAGUUCUACGGCCCACCAGCAGUUCCUGGCUACCAGAUGGGCCAGCCGAUGCAGCAGCCGUACGAUCCAUCCAUGCAUCACAUGCAGCCUCAGCAGCAGAUGUUCAUGCAAGGCCCUCCACCAGGACCAUACCAGUACAAUGCAGCUCCCAGCGCGUACAACAUGCAGCCCGCACCAUUUGCUGAUCGAAGCAAUGUGCACCUUAACACGACGCACUACAACAACGAGCAGCCAUUCUACCCAAUGGAGAAUCAGGCCAACUACCGCAACCAGCGCCAUGACAGCACCUAUUCGCGCACGUCCAAGGGCCGCGGUGGAUUUGGUGGCAGCAUGCGUGGUAGAGGCAAUCGUGGUCGAGGUAGCUUCAGCAACGAAGGCCAAUUCAUGCCACGCAAUGCCCCGAACGAUGCUAGUGCUGCGCCGUUUCCGCAGCAUGAGAGAAACUUCAGCAUGGAGCGAGAGGGACACCAGCGACGUCAAGACUGGCAGGGUCGUGGCCAAGCAGACAACACCUUCGCUCAGGGCGGUAACAACUACCAGGCUUGUACUGUCGGCUGCACCAAGUUCCAGAUCAGCGACAUCUGUACAACUGCCACGAAGUUGAUCCUGUUCAACGUGACACCUACGAUACAUGCGAGCGAGGUUCAGCAUUUCUUCUCUCAAUUCGGGCCUGUUCGAUGGGUGUCAGAGCCCAAGAAAGCCACGAGUGCACCCGCUCCGGGAAUGCCACCUAGGUGGUACAUGUGGGUCACUUUCGAAGACGUCUCUGGUGCCCGCAAGUGUCUUGCCAGCAAGGGUUUGCAGUGGCCAGGAGGCACUUUGCUGCCAGAGGUUGCGAAGGAUCAUUGGGAUCCACCUCACAUGGGCUACUUCAGAUCAGGUCCAGGAUAUCAGAGACCGUCGAUCUCGUACGGAGCUCCGACAACUGGUAUGCCGAUGCCUGCCCCAGACGUGCAGGGUACUCCAGCACAGCCACAGACAGCUCCUGUCCAAGAGCCACCCGUCCCAGAGCCACCAGUCCAAGAGCCACCCGUCCGUCGCGACUCGCAGUCUGGCUAUUCCACUCCCAUCGCUACAGAUUCAAGCGCUACGCCCACUGCCUCUCGUGACAACACUCCCAAGAACAAGAAGUCACAGAAGAAGAAGGGCAACAAGAAGCGUGCUGAGCAAAAGGAGGACACGUCGAGUGAGAAGGCUGGCGAAGUUCAGAAUGCCAAAGACGACGCUGCUCACAAGGAGACCGACAAGCCUGAUCCACUUCCAUCACCAAGCGAUGAAGAUGCAGAGGUAAAGAAGUCUGAAGCAAUUGAGACAGCUAGCUCAGAGGCUUCUCCAUCCGCAGCUGAGGAGGUCGAAGUCAAAGUCGCAGAUGAUGCUGGACCCAAAGCCAGCGGAGAUGAGGACAAGACUCCAACUAUCACCGCUGCCGAGCCUGUUCUCGCCUCUGAGGAGGAGAAGUCGGUGCCAGUCGAGCCAGUUGAAUCCGACAGCACCGCCGAGAAGGCAACGCCGCCAAUCAAGCAGGAUGAAGAUGUCAACGACGAGAGCUUCCACACGGCUAGUGGUUCGCCUGAAGUUGAGAAAGACGUCACGCUUGAGGGCGCUGAUGCCACUACGCCGACCAUUCCAACAGCACCAGAGCAGGAGAAUACCCAAGAGGGCAACGCUAGUGCUUCUGUCAGCGAUGUGGGUAGUGCCCACAGCAACGAGUCUGUUCCGGGCAAGUCUUCAGCUAAGAGCCCGUCGCCCGGCAAGGAUGCGAAGAAGGCCCCUAUCCCUCAAGUGCCCAGCCAGAAGAAUGUCACGAUCGCUGUGACACCUGUCGACACUGAGAAAGCUGAGGCGUUCGGCAAAGCUCAGACGGAGUUCUUGCAAGUUCCUCAGCAACGCUCGACCUCUGGCAGUUCGGAUGCCACAACGGCUGCUUUCGUUACCGCACCAAGCACACCGGCCAUUCCAGAGCCUACGCAGGAGCCUCGCUCAAAGAAGCCGCCGAAGGAGAAGGGACCUGAUCAGACGGAAUCUCUCAGCAUCUUUGGCAAGACGAGCAAGCGCAAGGCGUCUAGCAAAGCGAAGGACAAGAAGUCAGCUGGCAAGCGCAAGGGCUCUUCUGCUGUUCCCGAGACGUCAACCGACACCAAGCCGACUGCGAAGAGCGAGGAGAGUACUGCCAUUCCUGAAGAGCCCGAGAAGGCCGACAUCAAGCAAGAGGACCCAUCCGCCCAGCCCGUUGAACACGAACAGAAGCAGGACAUCACGAAGGUUGCUGAUCCAGUGAUCAUCGAACCCAGCGACUCGAAGCCAGAUGAGACCACGGCAGCUGAGGCGGGCGGCGACGAUGGCUCCAAGCCAAAGAUGAGUGCGAAAGCUGCCGGCAAGCAGCCAGUGGGCCGAUCAGAGGAGUCGACUACUUCCGUCUCUGACGACAUCACCGCCCAGUCGGAGGAGAAGACUGAGGUUGGGGAGCAAGAGCCGGAGGAUGGUGAAGCGCAAGACGAGGGCAAGAUCGGCCUGGGUAUCUCUCACGACACCAACCCAGAGACAUCUAAGCCGAAGAAGAAGAAGAAAACCAAGCCCAAAAACAAGAAGAAGCCAGCCCAAGCUCAGGUGACGGUAACUGAGAUGUCCCAUCCUGGUAUUGACAACCACACGAGCAAGUCCACUUACGAAUUCAAGGGAAAUGAUUUAGGUCCAAAGGAUGCCUCGCAGGAAGCCCAGGAACCGAAGCCAUCGAAUGCCAAUGCCCACCAGCCGUCUGCCAAUGCCAACUUACCAAACAGCUCGACCAUGCCAAAUGAUCAGAACGUCCAAGCCACCGACGAUGGUCGCUCACCAUCAAAGAGCCUCGCUCAGCGACUCAACGAACGUCAACCCUUCUCCAGCCAGGAGAACCCUUCUAACUUUUCAUACAGGACGCGAUCCAUGGCUGGAUCUGAUACUCAGCGGACAAUCACCAUCGUCGACCGCAACGGCAAUGGCAACGGCCAGGUGAGUCCCGACGAUGAAGUCGAAGUCACUUACAUCGUUUGGGCACUCGAUGAUGACGAUGAUACACAGGCUCCCGAUGGCGACGACAACCUCACUGCGGCUGCAGAAGCACCUGCCGAAGCACCGCAUGAGGAGGUCAGCCCGGGCGUCACUCAGAGCAUCAACUACUUGGCCGAACUCACGGCGCAGGAGAAUCGUGGGAAGGAGGCUAAGGCGAAGAAGACGGAGCUGGAGGGCACGCAGACGGAGACCCAGUAG